AUGGACACCUUAUUAACUGCCGAGAUUGCGGCAAAUGCGCCUAGAUAUCGUCGAAAAAGCUCGACUUUUAUUGACGGCAUCCAUGACGUGGUCGAGGACUCGAAUAUGGCUCCGGCCCAGCUCUACAGCACCAUGUCUGGUCGACUGUUCCACUCGGGCCGGAUAGCCAUCGUCAUGGUUGGGCCGCCCGCCAGAGGAAAGACCCACGUUUGUGUAUCGCUAGCUCGAUAUCUUGGGUGGCUAGGUGUCAAGACACGCAUCUUCCACCUGGGAGACUACCGACGAGCCACCAUUGGCCCGGAAAGCGCCGUGCCAAAAGACUACUUUUUUCCAAAUGCUUCGGCUGAAUCAGUCAUUCUUCGUCAGAAAAUCUUGAAAAAGUGCCGCGAGGACAUUUACGGCUGGCUCAACCACGAGAACGGCCAAGUCGCCAUCUACGACGCAGUGAACCCAACGGCAAGCGGUCGCCGCUCCUUGGCUAAGGAGCUGGCCAAACAUGACGUUCAAACUCUCUUCAUUGAAUCGUUUGUUGAUGACGAACGCAUCCUGCGGGAAAACGCCAGAAAUGUCAAAAUUUCAUCGCCAGACUUUGCCGGAAUGGAUCCCGACGAGGCCGCCAAGCUCUACUUGAAGCGAAUUGAAGUUCGCAUUCCCGUAUUUGAAACCAUGGCCGAAGAAGAGCUCAACUACAUCAAAAUGAUCAAUGCCGGCGAAAAAUUCUUUUACAACAAUGUCAACUUUAGCUACCUCUCGCACCGCAUCGUCUUCUAUCUCACCAACCUGCACAUCAAGGCGCGCAAGACUUUUUUCGUCCGGGCUGGCACCACGGAGGACGAAGACUCGUUCCGCGCCGACGCACCGCUCUCCGACGCCGGCCGCGCGUACGCCAAGAAGAUGACGGAGACGAUCCUCAAGCACCGCGAGCAGGAACACGCCGAGUCGAGCGAGGCGGCCGCGUCGCUGCCGCCGCUGACGGUGUGGACGUCGACACGGCUGCGCACCAUCCAGACCGCUGACACCCUGCGGGACUUGCAGUACAAAGUGCGGCAGCGAUCGCAGAUGAGCCAGCUCAACCCAGGCAUCUGCGAGAAGCUGUCGGAGCGCGUCAUCCGCCAGCUCUACCCCGACGAAGUCGAAAAGCAUGAAGUUGACCCCUAUCACCACCGGUAUCCCCGCGCAGAGUCCUAUCACGACCUCGCCGUCCGUCUCGAGCCCAUCAUCCUCGAGCUGGAGCGUGAGCAAAAUGACCUGCUCAUCAUUGCCCACGAAUCCGUCCUGCGCGUGCUCUACGCCUACCUGAUGCACUGCUCGACCGUCGAGAUCCCCGCGCUGCGCUUCCCGCGCGACGAAAUCAUCGAAAUCAUUCCCGCCGCGUACCAAAACGAGGCCCGCCGCAUCCACAUCCCCGGCCUUGACCCGGAAAUGAUACCCGGCUCCCCCGACGGCAUGAAGUUGCUCGCUGCCGGUAGCAGCAUGCCUCCCAGCGGGCCCGCGAGUGGCCAGAUGACACCCCUGGACGGCGUGGUCGCCGCGGCCACAUCGGCGGGCCCGGUCGAGUCGGCGGCGGCGUUGGCAUCGCCUGUAGAGAGGCCCCCGGAGAAGGUCAUCAACAAGUCCAAGGACACGGUUGCAGAUAAGCUGGAUGACGAGGACUAG